UCAGUUUUCACAAUUUGUCGAAUUUGUAAUGGGCUCGGUAUGUAGUAUUUUGCAGAAAAGUAUGAUUGUUUAAUAUUUUUGCGUUUUAAUUCAUGUUUCAACAUAUCAAAUUCAAAUGUAGUGAUAAAUGUAAAAAUUUCAAAACACUUUGUGUAUUCAUUCAUUAUAAUCGAGAAUUAGGUUCGAUAACCGCGGGAAAUCUACUCGACGUUUGACUCCAAUAAUGGCCGCAUCAGCGCCAAUGCUCAUUACUCGUAGUGUUUGUUCAUUUGGAUUGAAAUACUUUUAAAUAAAAUUGUGAUUAUUUAUGACUAUUCGUCUUUAUUGUUAAUUUAUUAGCUUUGACAUGGACAUUGCUACUGAGGUAUCAGCAGAGUUAUCGCUAAUCAAUGCCCUGCUGAGCAACUUUGACAAAACAAUUGCUCCGAGUCCAUCGAAGAAGAAUGAAAAAAAGGAGGAAAAGACACAGGAUGCCAUGCCUGACUCGACAACAAAUACGGAAAAAGCAAACACUAGCGCAUUCAACUGUGGCGAUGAUGUUCUUGUUCCAAACAAAGAUGGUCGAUAUUAUUUAGGAACAAUAGUAGAGCUAAGCACAAGCAACGACAAUGACUCGUGUGAAGUGGGCACGGGCGUGGCGCGAUGUCUAGUCAAGUUUGGUGACGGGACCCACGCGUGGGCGCCCGUGUCCACGCUCAAGCUUCUGAGCGCUCCGCCGGCGGACGACGGCCGCAUCAUGUGUGUGGUCUGCAAGCGGCGAGAACCUGCCUCCAGCCCCGCUACCAACGCCAUCAUCGCCUGCGACAUGUGUGGUAGAGGGUACCACGCAAAAUGUCACACUCCGCAGGUUGAUGCUUGGAUAACUGGUGCUUCCUGGCAUUGUAAAAGAUGCGUGGAUCAGAGGUACAGAGUCGCCGCUGCAGAGAACCGUGCCCUCAAGAGAACUGACUUGUUUAGAUUUAAAGGAGGACAACAGAGGCGGCAGCAACAGGAGCUCACACAGCCUUACGAUACCGCAUCAACAACAUCGUCUACGGCUUCUGAAGCAGGGAAGGAUCAAAGCGAAGGUCAUUGUUAUUGUGUUGAGAAAAGUGACAGACUGGCACAGAUGCUGUUAUGUUGUCGGUGUUCCCGCUGGUUUCACCAAAGAUGUGUAUCAAGUUUGCAGUACCCUCUGUACGCUGGUGAUAAAUUGUAUAUAUUCGCGUGUGCCAACUGCAAUGGCGGUGGAGAAUAUGUCCGGCGCCUGGAGUUGUGUUGGCUGGAUUUGGCACAUCUAGCACUAUACAAUCUCACAACAUACAACUCACCAAAUUAUUUUGAUCUGGACUCAGUUAUUAUGCCCUACAUCAUGGACAAUUGGCACGCCCUGCAAUUACCUGAGAAGAUGUGGCGAACACCGGUCAACGAAAGGCGGGAAAGAAUACUAACAGCUCUGACGUCAUCGCGGAAGCGUUUCAAGUGUGGACGGGAGAUGAAGAAGAGAGCGACCAUAUGGGGCCUGCGCCUGCGACGACCACCGCCUCCGCCGCUACAACUGUCCGCCUUAGAGCAGGUGAAGAAAGGAGUGCCAUUAACGGAUGAGAUGGUUCGGGAGUAUGCUCCUAAGCUUAGGUUUUUGCCGCGACCGCCCACACCGCAGCCUGUUACGUCCAUAUCGGAUGAAUGUGCACAACCCUCCAGUAGUAACAUUGAUAAGAGUUCCUAUAAAAGUAAUCAACAUAUGAUAGUGCCGGUGGACGGACACUGGCUAAAUUUGAUGAUGGGCAAACGGUUUCAUGAAAAUCUCAAUUCAAAUUCAGAAAACGACUCCACUAGUUCUUUUGAAUCUUUGAAAAAUUGUGACCGAGAUGAACAAUUGUCACCACCGAUAUGUACAUCGACCGAGUCUAAGUCAGACACCAAAGAUGAUAAUUUAGAAAAACUGUCUGAAAUCAAUGAUGAAUCUAACGAAGCUAAGUCGACCUGUGAAGGAAUAAGUAUGACAUCUCCUGUGCCUUGCUUAUUACCAUUAGAUACAAAAUCCAAAGAGAGUGUUGUUGAUACAGCUCAAGACAAAAGUGAAUGCAAUAUUAAUAUAUUGACUCACACAACUAGAAUAGCCACAAUGAACCUCGAAGUAUCAAAGUUAUCAACUAAUAAUAUUAUUGAACAUUCCAAAAUAAUGUCUCUCCAGCACAUGAACGAUCGUCGGCCGCCAUACAGUAGCAGCCUGCUACUUGAUAUGGAGUCGUCCGGUGAUGAAACAUCAAGUAGAGGUACUCUAGAUGCCAUUAUUCCACCCUUGAAAGAUUUCCAAGGCAAAAACAAUCCGUUCCUGAUGCAAAAUAGCUCUACAUCAAAAACAUUGUCAUCACAUAUGAAUGUAUAUAAUAGACAAAGCAGUAAAGUUAAUAGUUAUAAUUCAAGAUUCUCAUUGCCAAGUCAUUUGAAUCCAUUUGCAGGGGCAAUGGUGAGGCCGUUGAAACGGAAACUUAGUGAAAAAGAUAUUGUUAUAGGACCAAAUGGUGAAGUUAAAAGAAGGAAGUACAGGAGGCCACGGAAACAUUUACAAUUACAGCUUAACAAAUCAUGUCCACUGCCAGAUGAAUCAAAGACUGCUGUUACUUCCACCGAGAAUGGAGACGCCACACCACCAAUUUCACAUAAUAUAAAUAACGUGAAAUUUCACGGUAGAAGACUGAGACAGAGGCAGGAGAAGAACUAUUAUGAGAACGCAAGAAGAAAUACAAGUAACAAUGCCAUUAAUAACAACAGUGUGAAGAGUUUGCAGUUGAGUCCUCACAAGACUAACAAUGGUGUGGGUGAAGUGAACGCCCAGCAACUCUCCGAGUUGAAGUCCAGUGUCCAGUCAUACUUCCGUGCUGGGCAGACGUUCACGUUACUGGCACGGAGGGUGUCACCUGGCCUGCCCACUGCCUAUCUCAUAGAGUGGGACUCCAGCACGUCAUAGUUGAUGUUAUGAAUUUAUUUAAAUAUACAUGUAUUUUAUGGAAAUAUAUAGUGUAAGUGCUUUGUGUAAGUCUGUAGAAUAUUUUAGUUGUACCACUGUACAGUAUCAUCGAGGAAUGUGAUAUAUUAUUAUUCCAAUUCA